AUGCAACACUGGGACCAUAUAAGAAUUUCGAAGGGCUCUUGUUUUUUUCAGUACAACAUCAACUGGACAAAACUGUAUCAGGAAUCCAUGGAACCAGAGUACGAAAUUCAUGGAGCUAAAGGAAACGUUACGGGGCCAAAAGAAGAGAAGGUUUUAUUCAAGACGACAUUCACAAAUACGACUCAAAGAGAACAGGAGUACUCCUUCAAAACGGAACGAUGCACAAGGCGAGUUUUAACUGUGUUUGCAACAAUUAAAAGCGGUCUCAUUGCAUGCCUAAGGGCACGCCCCAAGUUUAUUUGCAGAAGUUCUUCCACCGUGAUCAUUGAAAAAGGUGUAUGUCGUGGAAUGGAGGUGGCGCUCAAAUUGAAAACGCCCUGCGAAGUCGUCGAAGCUAAUGCCGGCUUCCACCAAGAAGUUCAAUUGAAUCAUAUCGGCGAGAACACCAGCGAAGAAGAACUGGCUUGGGGUGUUGACAGUACCGUUCGGGUACCUCCUUCAUCGGAAACUGUAGCCGAGUUGGUGAUCCUCGAAGAGCAAUGCAAGCGCGACUUCCGUAUCGAAAAUCGGAUGAGUGGCAAAAUCCUCGUUACCGUGACGAAUCUCAAGUUAAACAACAGCCUGGUCACUGUGAUCGAAGGCAACAUCGCCGACAUCAUCCGCGGCAUGGCUAAUUACGCUGCGAAAGGAUUUACGAUCGAAGGAAAUGUGAGUCGAACAAUUUGUCCACUUGAACGCAAAACACUCUGA